AUGCACAGCACCUUGACGAGGACUCUAGAUGAGCGGCCUCCCAGCAAUCCGCCAAAUCGGCAUGUGGAUGGUGUCAACGGCAGUCUCUCGCAUCACAGUGCUCGUCAGACACAGCCAAGAUCUCUCGGCGAAGCUUUGCGCGAGGCAGGAAUGUCGCUGGAAAGCCCCGGGCCCACGUCUGAAACCCCCAGUGAAGAAGAUUACGAUGAAAAUGUUCGCCCAGCAUAUGCCCUCGGGGGACGGGACUAUCAGCAUCAGCAUCCGCAACAUGACCAUGGUCAUCAACAACAACAAGGACGACAACUUUUGCAGAGGAGAAAGGCGAAGAAGCGCAUGAGCGAAACAGAGUUACUCUCUGCAAAAGUUGACUCCAACAUAGUCCGCGAUGACUUCGGCGGAGUACGAAUAUAUCCUGGAGACGACCAGGCUCUCCAAGAGCUGCUUCGACGGACUUCGGAGUCCGCAAAAUACCCAGACAAGGCAGCUAAACAGAAGCGCAAGUUUCGUGACCAUUUUUUCACCCACCAAUUUUCGGCCUUUGAUCCGCACAACUCGGCCGCGGCAAACAGUCCGUUCCACGGCUUUUAUACUCUCUUUUGGCUGGCUGUGGCCCUGUUUGUUCUCAAGAUUUCCGUGAACAACUGGAGAGCGCAUGGCACUCCGUUGGGGUCGAAUGAGAUCAUGAAGACCAUGUUUCAUCGGGAUGUACUCGUGCUCUUGCUCUCAGACGGAGUCAUGUGCGGGCUUACUGGUGUAAGCUGGCUCAUCCAAAAAUUGGUAUUCCACCGCGUCGUCGAUUGGGAUCGAAGUGGAUGGAUAGUUCAAAACAUCUGGCAAACGCACUUUAUUACUGGCAUCAUUGCUUGGACCCAUGUCCGCGACUGGCCGUGGACUCAUACUGUCUUUUUCGUGCUACAUGGUAUUAUCAUGCUUAUGAAGCAGCAUUCUUAUGCCUUUUACAACGGACACCUCUCGACAGUGUACCUACAACGCCUAUUUCUUCUUUUCAAGUUGAAGCAGCUGGAGCUUGUCCACCCAUCUAAGGAAUCGUCAUCUGCUGUGCCGCCGGUCUCUAGCUUAUCAAUCGACCAUCUCCGAGCUCCUCCAACUGCCGUGGAACGCCGUCACUCCCUCUCACAAGUACCCAAAUCGAAGGAGACCGACAUUGACAAAAUCGCAAAGGCAAUUGCAUCACGCGAGCCUUUGAACGACGAGCAAAUUGCAGCAUUCGAACAAAUCAUCAAGUGGGAAGUAGAUGCGUUGGCCGACGAACUCAGAGGAACAUUCAGAGGAACAUCUAGUGAUCCCAACAUGGCAUAUCCGAACAACUUGACAUUUCGGGGUCACUACGAAUGGAUACCCUUACCAACGCUGGUAUAUGAACUGGAGUAUCCACGAUCUCAAGAUGUUAGUUGGAAGUAUGUCGUAGAAAAGCUGGUCGCCAUGGUGGGGGUGCUUUUUGUGAUGAACCAGGUUGCACAGUACUCCAUAUACCCCGUGGUCAUGAAGACGGUCCAGAUGAAGGAGAGUGGACUUCCGCUCGCCACUCGAUUUCAAGAAUUUCCGCUGCUUUUGCUUGAUCUCAUUUUCCCAUUUAUGAUGGAGUAUCUGCUCGUCUGGUAUCUCAUUUGGGAAACUAUUCUGAACAUCCUUGCCGAACUCACGCAUUUUGCUGAUCGCAGUUUCUACGACGCCUGGUGGAACAGUGCUGGUCCGAUUAAGCCGCACAAAAUGGCUCAAAGGUCAGAAAACGCUGGGUAA